CUGAAAAACUGCGAGGAUUCUUGUAUCUUGGAUCGCUUUCGGCUUACUUAUGUUUCUUCUUCAAUAGAAAAAUACACAUAGAUUGGAAUUGGUCUAUCGAGAAUCAAGGGACAAGCCCUGAGAGGCCGCUAUCGCGAACGAAGACUCGACAGGACGUUCUCGUAUGCUCCUACUGGUCGACUGAGGACGCCCGACGCGAACGCAACAUGCCCGUUUGCCAGCACUUCUUGAAAGGCCGGUGUAAAUAUGGAGACAGAUGCUACAAUGAGCACCCCGGCAAGCAAACAGUAGGCGGAAACAAAUUCGCAGCUCUGUCCGGCGGCGGCGGCGGCGGCGGCGGAGGUCGUGGUGGACAAAACCAGCAAAAUGCACAAUAUGGGAUCACUGCAGCAGAUAUCAAAGCAGACUUGACUCCUGGCAAGGGGCUCCCUGAAUGGAUCUUCUCAUGCUAUGGGCCUGGACGAGAUGCUCCCAGGCAAUUAUUUGGAGGCCCCCAGCGAGAACAGAGCUUCGAAGAACUACGACUCCGCCAUUAUGAACUAGUCGCUCAAGGUAGCCCCAUUGAGGUAGCAGUUUCAGAAGCCCAGGGUCUCCACAACGAGGCACGGAACCAAAUGGAAACCGCUCUCAGGGACCUGGAUGGAGCUGUCAGAUAUCUUCUGGACGGUGCCAAGGAGCAUCCGAAUCGAAUUGACAUUGUGAACAACAAGACCGGUACCACUUUCGGCGCUCCGCCUAAGUUAUUUGGUGAGAUCAAGGCUCCCCCUGCCACAGGUCCAGCCUUCGGUGAGCCAGCAUUGUUGGGUGAUCAAGCCUACGCAAAACCGUCUAUCGCUCCACCAAUGGGGUUCGGCCAACCAUCGAAUCUUGCACAUGCAACUGGCUUUGGACAACCAAGUGCCCUCAACCAGGGCUCGUCGUUUGGCAAGCCAUCCGCACAAACGGCUUUUGGUCAACCAUCAUUCGGGCAACCUGCAUCUGGGUUCGGCCAGCCUUCAGCUGCAGGAGCCACAGCCUCUCCGUUUAGUAAGGCAUCUGGCGGCUUUGGCGCGUCUGCAUCCACGCCUUCCCCGUUUGCGCAGUUCGCCAAUGCAAAAACUGGUGGGUCCACAUUUGGUCAACCAUCAGCAUCACCCUUUGGUAGUGUUCAGCCAUCAAACCCAUUUGCGCCUGGAUUCGGGGCUCCUGCGGCUCCCGGGUUUGGGACGGCAACAACGCCAGCGGCUCCUGGGUUUGGGGCAGCAUCGACACCAGCAACUUCUGGGUUUGGGGCAGCAUCGACACCAGCAACUUCUGGGUUCGGAGUGGCAUCAACGCCGGCAACUUCUGGGUUCGGGGCAGUAUCAAAGCCCGCAGCUACCGGUUUCGGCAUACCGACAACGUCAGCGGCUGCUCCGGCGGCCCCUGCUGCUCCUACUGCGCCAUUGGGACCUGGGCCAGCCCCUGUCAUCAGAACGAGAGACCCAAGCGAGCUCAGCCCCAUCCCACCGCUCAACGGACAAACAAUUCGUGAUCCUAUGACCAGAAGGCUCACCUCUUGGAAGGGUCAACCCGUGAGAUAUAUCAACGACGUACCGUGCUAUCUUCAUCCGCAGGACCGUGAAACCUUUGUCCGCAUCUUUUUCCCAGAUGGGCCGCCUGAUGAAGCUAGUCUACGGGAUGCUCAGGCACGGCCCGAGGAAUAUACGGCCGAGGUCACACAACAGUACGAGUACUUCGUGACGAAUGGGUGUUUCGAGAACGGGGUCAUUCCGAGCGUACCGCCAAAGACCGAGUGGGUGAGCUUCGACUUUUAG